GUGCCUCUCUGCGCAGAUACAAGCUCACUACCAGCAAGCAGCAACCAACAAGCAGCAAGCAGCAAACAGCACACAUCAACCACCAAAGAUCCCCUACAAUCUUUGGCUCUUCAUCUCAACUUCUCAACUUGAACUAAUCAACAACCCAACCAAUCAAAAUCCGAUUAGAUCACACCUCCACGAUGAAGUUCACACUCCUCUUCGGCCUCACCACUCUCAUCGCGACAGCCUGGGCAUCAUCACCUAACCCUUCAAAUACGAACAUCAAGAUCAACACCUCACCUCGAACAACCAUCUCCAAGUCCCGAACAUCACCCCAACAUCUUGCACGGGAACCCAGUGUAGUCGACAGCAAAGCACACACAGCCCUACACUACCUCUCAAACGCCAUCCGCGAUGCCUCAACUGAUGCUGUGAAAGCGCGGAGUGGGAUGCGAGGGAUGAGCAGACGAACACGUACCAAGCGAGAGUCUGGUGCGGAAGGGAAGAAGGCACAGCACCGAUCCACAGAUCUGCCGAUGCAACAACGUGGCACAGGGGAAUCGCAGCAACUGCGCAGAAGCGGUAUGGGAAAGGCCCGAAGCCAGAGAACACCAGCAACGCAGCGGCAACAGCGACAGCAGAGAGGGGAGCCUAAGUUCCUUCCGCGAGUGUCGAGGUCGUGAAAGUAAGCAAAGGGAUGGAGAGUUGACAGUGCCCUACAAAUGCAGUGAUUGUCGGAAAAUGUCCUGAACACGGCGUUCGAAUCGUAGGCGGAUAAACAGAAGUGCAGCAAAGGUCGCACCCUGUAGGAGAGUGCAGUGUUCAAAAUCGCCAUCGCGACGGGGGAGAAUAUUCUGUUCAAGC